UCUUCUUCUUCUUCUUUAAUUUAUGGAGCAAAGAAAAAAUUGGAUGUGGAGGAGAAAUUUGAAGCCAAAUAAUGUUGUUGGCUCGUCGCAAUUGCUCUCUCACGAUCCGGCAUGGGAGGAAAAGGCAUUCGCCGAGGACUCCGCCGGCCUCCUCGGGGCCUACAUCUGGCCGCCGAGGUCCUACUCUUGCAGCUUCUGCCGGAGAGAGUUCCGGUCGGCGCAGGCGCUGGGCGGCCACAUGAACUCCCACCGCCGUGACCGCGCAAGGCUCAAGCAAUGGGCAGACCAAGAAGGCAUCGUGCCAUCGAGGACUAAUAAUGUUGUUGCACUGCCUUCUCACCAUCUGUCUCUAAUUAGGGUUUCAGAAGUGAGCAGCACUACUGCUGCUGCUGCUGUUGCUGCUGCUUCUAGUACUGCAUCUUUCGCCGAUUCGUCGCGGCGCAAGCGAGACAUGGAGGAUGAGGAAAGCUUCAGGAUGAAGAGAUGGAGAGUGGAAGAGGAAAGCUUCAAGUUGCUCGCUCCUUCUCCUGUGGAAGAGCAAUUGGACCUCGAGCUUAGGUUGGGAACAAACCUGUCACAGUGCGUGUUUGUCCCCUCAUCUGUGGCUGCUGUGCAGAUCAUCACAUGGAAGAUGAUGGGAAUGUCAUAUAGUGACGGCAAAGAGAUGAAAGAAUCCAGCUACAGAAGCAGGAGACACAAUGCAGCAUGGGGACUUGUUCGACUGACAGAUGCAGCAAUAGCAUUCUCGACCAGUGGGGUUUCCUUCUUGGAUGGAUACAGAUGGAUGCAGUCUACAGAUCACACCAGCACUUUUUUGGGACACAUUGCUUAG